UCAUUUACCCCUUUCCCGAAAUCCCAGAUAUCAUCCCACUCAACUCCUCCCCCCCCGUCCCCAGCGAGCAUGGUUAGCUGACCUUCCUGGAGAGGGUGAUUGAAACUCCUGGACCCAACCCCGUCACCCUUGUUUGCUUCGUCACUCCCAUUCUCUUUAAAACCAAUCCAAUUUUCGGAAAAGGGAGUUACCUUCUUCAAAACCCUUCUCUAUAUCUGCUCACUCACUCUUGUUAUGCUAUUCUUCUUCGAUUUCUGCUUUAAUGGACCCCAUCUCUUAUCCAUUUAGGCACUGAUUUGCUCCCUGUGUUCGAACCGGCCAUGAAGCAAGACUCCCGAUUACUAUCUGUUUGGGAAGGCCAAUCUCAUGAUGCAUUCGUUCCAACUUCGGCUUCGGAAGCUCAAUCUGGUUCUCACUUCCAGACGAUGCUCGAUGCUCAGGUCUCUGGGAAUGGUAGUUCUAGCAUGGUUGGAGGUGCUGUGGUGAAUGGUUAUAUUGUUUAUACUCGACAAAGGAAGGCUCGGCGUUUGUGUGAUGGGUCUUCUGAGAACGAAAAGUUUAAGAGGCUAAAGACUUCUGUAGAACCGCAAACAAAUGCGCACAUUCCAGGGAUGGAAGGUGGAGGCGGUGUGGAGGUAGAUAAUGUAGAACAUAGAAUAGAAAUUGGAGUCAGUUGCAAUGUGGAGAAGCCUAAAAGCUACAAUGAGCUAGAGAACGAGCCCAGACAAGAUCGUGCUGGGGAAGGUGGCUUCAAUGGUGUUUCUGUAGUAAUGUCUAACGGUGACGGUGUGCAGAAAGAUGCUGGAGUUAAGACAUUGAAGCGCUAUUCUCGAUCAGCUUUGAAAACAAAGGUUCGCUCUUCUGGCAAGGCGGGGAGUGUUUCAGAAUCUUCCCAGGCUGAAAAUACUAAAUCAGACGGGAAGGUGAACGCUGCCCCCAUCGCAUUAACAGCUCCAAGAAACAAAUUGGAAUUGAAGAUGUCGAAAAAGAUUGUGCUCAACAAGAAGCCUAUGACCGUCAAGGAGCUCUUCGACACUGGUCUACUGGAUGGUGUUCCUGUAGUUUAUAUGGGCGGGAAGAAGGCUUCGGGACUUCGAGGCAUUAUUAAAGAUGGGGGAAUAUUGUGUUCAUGCUGUCUUUGCAAUGGACGCAAGGUUAUUCCACCUUCCCAAUUUGAGAUUCAUGCAUGCAAAGCGUAUAAGCGAGCGGCACAAUACAUUUGCCUGGAAAAUGGGAAGAGCCUGCUUGAGCUAUUGAGAGCGUGCAGAGGAGCUCCCUUACAUACUCUGGAGGCGACAAUACAAAGCGUUGUUUGUUCUCCACCUGAUGAAAAGUAUUUCACUUGUAAAAUGUGCAAGGUAUGUUUCCCUCCUUCAUGUGUGGAAAGAGUCGGGUCUAUAUGCAGUUCUUGCAAGGAGACCAAGGAAUCUCAAGACAGUUCUAUUGAUAAAGUGGGCAAAAGAGUCAGGUCUCCUAGAGCGCUUUCUGUUUCUAAGCAAUCUGAUAUUUCUGAGAAGCGUAUCUCUUCACAGAUUAAGAGACACUGGAAGAAAAGGACAAAGUCGCCAAAAUGGGUUAGCCGUGCAAAGUCUUCCAAGAAUUCUUCAGUGACUAUCCUAUCACGAAAGAAGAGUCUUUGGAAGAUGAAAAAGAAGUCCUCCAAAUUGUCAGUGAAAUUGAAGACUGCAAGAACUACUUCAAAUUCAAUGCCUUCAUCUUCACCAAACAAGAGUCACUGGAGGAUCACUAAGAAGCACCAGCAGUUGCAUAAGUUAGUCUUUGAGGAAGGUGGAUUGCCUGAUGGAGCUGAAGUAGCUUAUUAUGCACGUGGGCAGAAACUGCUCGAGGGUUACAAAAAGGGCUUUGGAAUAAUGUGUCGAUGCUGCAACUCUGAGGUCAGCCCCUCGCAGUUUGAGGUCCAUGCAGGCUGGGCUUCCCGCAAGAAACCUUAUGCAUACAUCUACACAUCAAAUGGGGUGUCUCUCCAUGAGUUAGCUAUAUCUCUCUCAAAAGAUCGCAAAUACUCUGCAAAGGAUAAUGAUGAUUUAUGCAUUAUUUGUUGGGAUGGUGGAGAUCUGUUGCUUUGUGAUGGAUGCCCAAGGGCUUUUCAUAAAGAAUGUGCAUCUCUGUUGAGCAUUCCGCGUGGUAAUUGGUACUGCAAGUUUUGCCAAAACAUGUUCCAAAGAGAAAGAUUUGUGGCACACAAUGUCAAUGCUGUGGCAGCUGGGAGAGUUGAAGGAGUUGAUCCUAUUGAGCAGAUAACCAAAAGAUGUGUGCGCAUUGUCGAAGAUGUUGAUACUGAGCUCAAUGGAUGUGCUUUAUGCAGGGCUUGUGACUUCAGCAAAUCAGGAUUUGGUCCACGAACAAUAAUAAUCUGUGAUCAGUGUGAUAAAGAAUUUCAUGUUGGCUGCUUGAGGGAUCAUAAAAUGUCAUUUUUGAAGGAAUUGCCAGAAGGGGAUUGGUUUUGUUGCCAUGAUUGCUCAACCAUACAUUCUACUUUUCAGAACCUCCUGGUUGGGGGGGCUGAGAAACUUCCAGAACCUCUCUUGGAUGUUAUAAAGAAAAAGCAAGAGGAAAAAGGUUUAGAAUCCCUUAGUGAUAUUGAUGUGAAAUGGAGGCUUCUUAGGGGCAAAAUUGCUUCUCCUGAAACUAGGCCAUUUCUUUUGCAGGCUGUCUCAAUCUUUCAUGAAUGCUUUGACCCUAUAGUUGAUUCAAUUACUGGACGCAAUCUUAUUACGGCCAUGAUAUAUGGAAGGACUGUUCGGAGACAAGAGUUUGGAGCGAUGCAUUGUGCAAUAUUAAUGGUCAAUUCAACUGUGGUAUCCGCUGCCUUGCUUCGAAUUUUUGGAAGUGAUUUUGCAGAGCUCCCACUAGUUGCAACUCGUAGUGUUAACCAUGGAAAGGGGUACUUCCAAAUGCUAUACUCCUGCAUCGAGAAAUUGCUGACUUCUUUAAACGUGAAGAACCUUGUGUUGCCAGCUACCGCUACUGCAGAGUCCAUUUGGAUUGAGAAAUUCGGGUUCACGAAGAUGACAGCAGAUGAGCUUAGCAACUACAGAAAGAACUACCAGCAGAUGGUGAUAUUUCAGGGGACAUCCAUGCUUCAUAAAAUGAUUGCUCCGUGUCCGGAUAUCAAAAAUUCUUCAUGAAAAAGAUAAGUUUUAAUUAUAAAAGCGGAAAGUUUGUAACUUUUAUUCAAUGUGUAGCCAAUUUUGAAUCUGUACCUAUCAGUUGUUUUUAAGUAUUUAGAGUUUCAUUAAAUUAAGUUAUGGUUGUGCUGUUGAAUAAAACGUGGGUAGGUUGUACCGUAUGACAUUGCAAUAUUUCCUGGGCAUGACCUUCAUGGAUGUCAUGGUCAAAAUGAUGAAAAUUCAAGGUAUUUGCACCU